AUGGCGCACGAUCGGAGACAGUCUGGGUUGUGGAACCGCAAUCCAGAGACGGGCGUCUACGAGCAAGUUCCCAUACCCACAGCCCAGAUCCAACCCAAAGGACCAUACCAGUACUACGAACCUCCUCCACGCGGCUACGAAGUCCCGCGACGCUCAUUCUCCGAUCGAUCUGCCAACCCGAAGCCGAAUCCGAACGAUGAACCCCUUGUGCCAGCCACGAACGGCGCCAUUGUACACAGCGAGUCGAGGAAGCAGCGUGGCAUUGACGCUGCGAAAGAAGCUACCCAGAAGCUUCCGGAUCCAAUAAGAGACGAUCUCAACCAACAUCCGGAUUCGACAUCUGAUCAUCUGCCCAAAACGAAACGCGUCACCGAGGCCAGGCUGCAAGGCUCUGCCACGCGACAGCCGCCAUUCAGAGGAGAUUCGGACUAUGUGCCCAGCAACAUCCGUGCAAAGGCAUGGAGUCCCGAUGUCGUCUCUCCUGGCACGCGUACGCAAGCUCAGCCAAGCUAUUUCCCACCCCAGAAGUCACGACAGACGAGCAACGCGAGCAGCAUUUCGGAAAGCGUAAGGAGGGGAUCAGUACCCGACCGUAGCCCUUUGCAGAGCUUGGAGUCAUGGAGCAAAGAAGAGAAACGUGCCAGGGUGGAGCAGGCUGAACACAAGGCACGCCAGAGGAGCCUGGCCGGCGCCGAAACUCCAAAGGGCGAAGGCCAGGUCUUGCGCUCUGGGACUUUGCGGAGUGAGAAGGAGCGUGUUGUUAGCGACAGCGCAACAAGGCUACCCAGCCAGAGAAAUGCUCGGAGGGAGGAAAGGCGCCAGGUGUCAGAUCCAGUGUCUCCGGACCCGCUGAGUACUGCCGAGAAGUUCCACACUGCUACGGCCGCUCUACGCGAUGGGAGUGCGCAACAGAAUGGGCCUCCUAAGCAAGCAGAAGUGCAACCCGGUCUAGGCCACUCCGCCUCGACUCGUACUUCCCAAGCGUCGCGUGACGUGCGCGCAAAUGACGCGGUACAGCGCUCUCGCUCAGAUGCUGCUCCACGAGGCUCGACUGGUCCUGAGAGAUCGAAGUCGGCUAAGUACCGCGCAAGAGAUGCGGGCUUCGCGGGAGCUGCGGCAGCCUACAACACUGGCCCUUCUUUUGCAGAUCACGAUGCCUCCGCUGCUGCGGAACGUGGCAGGGUUGCAUAUGAGCGCCGAAAGGCCUCGAUGCCAUACAACGCGCCCGAGUCGCGCGUCAGCCCCACCUCUCCCGAAGGCGACAGAGGCAGCGCUGGCGUGGGGAGCACUGGAAGCAGAAGAGUACAAAAGCGUACACAGCCGUCCGAUGAAUACACUGCCCGAAACCAACUCCAGACCGAUCGAGCCGGUGGCACAGGUUCAAGAUCAGACCGCAAAGCAGCAAAUGCGUUUCAGCAGCCGGAUCCAAUUCCGCCACGAUCAGUCCAUAACCCAUCUAAUGACCUCGUCAAAUACUCCAUACCACCUCAGACGGCUGGUGGACAGCAAGCGAGGGAGCAAGUACAAUUUGGCGCUGAAAAUCCGCACGUCGCUGAAACGGGGACGCAUCAUCGUUUCAACGAUCUCUUCCAUCGCUCGGGCCAUGAACCUCGUGCUUAUCAACCAGCCUCAAAACCGCUUGAGGACUGGCGAAGCGCAAGAACCGCAAGACUGACUGCACAGGACCUCGAUUUUGACCAUGGCGUCGCAGCUGCUCCACGCAGCGACCAGCACGAUGCGUGGUGGGACAAGAGCCAUCGUCGCACUAGCUCAGGUGGCUCUAGAACUGCUACGAGCAUGCCGCAGUACGACGGUCCAUAUGAGGAACAGGCCAACGGGUUCCAGCCAAGACUGUUCUUGAAGUGUGGACCUCUUUUGCGGUACACUGGCAUUCGCAGAGAGGCUGCUUCACAGUCACGAAGCGGACGAUCUGACUCUUUCGUGGAGAAGGAGAUUUGGCGUGGAAGUGUCAUGAUCGUGACGGAGGACGACCAGUCCGACUUGCAUUCAAGCCCAGUGCUCAGGCUGUUUGCUCAGCCAAUGGACCUGCAACAACCACCUUCGUGGGAAAUGCUGCAGACUGGGCAGGAGAUGCCACCUGAGUACGAAGAUCCCAUUGCUGGCCAAGUCAAAGUUUCUCGUACAGGCAGAGCCUUGUACGUACGUCCUGUGCACGAUCUACCCGGAGACGUCGAUCUCAGUCGCCGAGAGAAUAACAAUGGACUUUACGCGGCCACGCGCACGCCAGUUUUGGGUCCACAGACCAGCGUUGGGCCUGAUGGCCGUCAAAGCCAGCACAUCACGUUUCAAGACAAAUCUCGUAUCAAAAAGCGCGACGGCGAACGAGCUGGACGAUAUCGCGAAGUCAAAGCCGUGCGCCUGCAUACUGAGCGACGUUUCACCUUCUGGCGCUUCAAUAUCGAGGUCGAGCUUUCCAGCAAGCAGUACAGAGUCGCAUACCGCAUCAACAAUGGUCCGGCCAUCGGCUUCUGGGUACCGGCAAGGGGUGAGACGAUGAACAUCAUGUUCCACUCUUGCAAUGGCUUCUCUCUUUCGGUCGAUCCUACGAACUUCAGCGGUCCUGACCCGCUCUGGCGCGAUGUGCUGAACCGACACCAAAGCCGCCCAUUUCACGUUAUGAUUGGAGGUGGUGACCAGAUCUACAAUGACGCCGCGAUGAGGGACACGCAGCUGUUUAGAGAAUGGCUGCAAACCAAGAAUCCGGAGCACAAACAUAGCGCCGACUUCUCUCUCGAACUACAGGACGAACUUGAAGAGUUCUACUUUCACAGAUACGCAAUGUGGUUCUCGCAAGGCUUGUUCGGAAUGGCGAAUUCUCAGAUUCCCAUGGUCAAUCUCUGGGACGAUCAUGACAUUAUCGAUGGAUACGGCAGCUACCCGCACCACUUCAUGAGCACCAGGGUUUUCACAGGGCUGGGAGCAGUUGCAUUCAAAUACUACAUGCUAUUCCAGCACCAGAGUUUGGCAGCCGAGACGGAGAAAGAAGAGCCGAGUUGGUUGCUCGGCAAGAGCCCAGGGCCAUACAUCAAUGAGUUGAGCAGGAGUGUCUUCAUGUCUUUAGGCAACAAGGUUGCUUUCUUGGGGCUGGACUGCCGAACAGAACGUAUGCGUGACGAGGUCCUCAGUCAAGCGACUUAUGAUGAGGUUUUUGAGCGAUGCCGAGCGGAGAUUUUCAAGGGCCAGACCAAGCAUUUGAUGGUUUUGCUGGGCGUGCCUAUCGCGUACCCACGUUUGAACUUCUUGGAGAACAUCUUGACGAGCAGGUUUAUGGACCCGAUCAAAGCAAUUGGCAGGACCGGCGCGCUUGGCGGAUUUGUCAAUAAAUUUGACGGCGGCGUUGAGAUUCUGGAUGAUCUCGAUGAUCACUGGACCGCAAAGCACCACAAAGCGGAAAGAAAUUGGUUCAUUCAAGAACUACAAGAGCUAGCCGCGGAGAAGAGCGUCCGUGUGACGAUACUGGGCGGUGAUGUCCACCUUGGAGCGAUUGGUCAGUUCUACAGCAACAAGCGACUUGGUUUGGCCAAAGACCAAGACCAUCGGUACAUGCCCAACGUCAUAUCAUCGGCCAUUGUCAAUACACCUCCACCAGUGAUGAUGGCAGAUGUCAUCAACAAGCGAAACAAGGUACACCAUCUGGACGAUGAGACCGACGAGGACAUGAUACCCAUGUUCGGCCAUGAUGUCGACGGGAGCCGCAGAAACAAUAGCCAUCUGCUGCCCAGGCGUAACUUUUGCAUCAUCAGCGAGUACUUUCCAGGCUCUACGAGGCCUAACACUCCUGUGCAGGAGAGGAUCGAGCCUGGCACACCAGCAUCGGCGACAUUUGGGGAUGAAAUGCUGGAACAGCGCGAGCCAAGAGAUCGCCGCUUCCCACCUGGUAGCAUGAAGAGGACUAUGAGUCUUACUCGAGCACCGGCAAAUCUCGUCAGGAGGCUAUCGGGUAGUUCUAAGAGCCGCAACCCACCAGUUUCACUGCCACUAGAGCAUGCACAGCCUUAUGAUGCUCAUCAUGCUGGUCAACAACCAGUUCCCAGUGCAAUGAAGAGAGCCAACAGCUUGGGUGGGCCUAGGUCAGACUUUCGGCCCAGUGAAGAUGCAGUAUCUCGGCCUACCUUCCAUCGCCGCCCAACAGAUUUUUCCAUCAAGGAGGCUAGAAAGGCUGCCAAGGCUGCCGAGCUUGGAGGAAAUCUGGAUGGUCGUCAACCGGGACAUGUUGACCUUGAAGGCGGCUUGGACGUUUCGCUCUGCAUGGAAGUUGACCAACAUGAUCCUUCAGGGCGGACAGUGCCGUACCGUCUGCUCGUGCCAGCGCUGUGGUACGAAGGUUCAGGCAAUCCAAACCCGGAGAGAUUUAAGAGCCAGCGGGGAAGCCUAAUGAGAAGACUAAGAUGGAAUCGCAAGAGGGAGGCCCACACUGAUGGGGAAGACGAAGAUGGUGUCUGGAGCGGCAGCGAAGGCUCCCGGACACCAAGUCCUGAUAGCGCGACUAAGAUGAACACGGAGAUGAAUGCUGCUCCAAACGCCAUGGGUCUGACUGGUACUGGCAGGGGCGCAUAUCGGCCGAACACGAAAGUCGAAGCGCCUCCUGGCGCUCCCCAACGAGCCAGUAUGGAUGUCAACGGCACGAAUGGGUAUGCUGUUGGUGCAAGGAAUGCCACGCCUCGAACGAUGAGCGGUGGGAGCGGCUAUGGAGCGAAUGCCGCACCCCCGCAUCACCAUCCGGUCAAUGCGUACAAUAGAGGAUAUAACAUGUCCUCGCCGCCUAUUGGAGACUUUAGUGCACACCCAACACCGCACACCACACAAGCGGUGCCAGGGUCAGCCAGCGAACGCUACCCACAGUCUGGAUAUCGCCGCACCAGUGCGCCUUUGCCCUCCACGCAAUCGCGCAGUAUGCCCCCGCAGAACGCUCGAACCGGUAAUGGAACGUAUGACGGGUAUGAUAGCGAAGGCAGCUUGACGUCGUCCGAGUUCUACGACGAUGACGAACUCGACGAGAGGAGAGCGAAUGUCCCAGUGAGAAGAGGCAAUAAGGUUGAAGAAUUCUUUGGUUUUGGCAAAGGCCCCGGAUCGCAGAGACGUCCGGUGCAGCAGGAACGCCCGGCGCAGGUUGGCGAGACAGGGGAGAUGGGCAGGUCGAAGAGUGUGAGUAAGGGAGGAGGAUGGAAGAUUUGGAAGUGA